AUGAUGAACGGUUUGAGAAGAACGUUUUGGAGUUCGAUACAUAAAAAGAAAGACGAUAACAGAGCUGAUGAUGAUUCACCUGAUCGGCAAAAACCAACUUUUAGAUUCGGGUCCACUCCGACGUCGGAGACCCGAUCCGAUUCAGUGGACUCCACCUUUCGCUGCCAGAGUUGGGCUAAUACUACUCAUUCGCCGUCGUCUCUUCCCGCUAGUCCUAAGCUUCAGUGCAGAACUUCCGGCGACGUAACUCCGACGGCUACAACGCCGAGGAGAAGCAGAAGCCCUCUCUCUUUCCUCAGCGUUUCUUCUUCUACCCCUUCGUCACCGAAAUCUCCGGCGAGCUUCUCUCUCCUCAAAUCCAGACUCUGUUUCACCAAAAGUAGCAGCAGCAGCAGAUGUGGAAUUUGCUUACAGAGCGCGAAAGCAGGACGAGGAACUGCGAUUUUCACGGCGGAGUGUUCACACACUUUCCAUUUCCCUUGCGUGGCUUCACGCGCCGGUGAUCGGAAUCUACUCGCCUAUUGUCCUGUUUGUGGUGCCUCAUGGAGAGAUACUUCGCUUCUCCCUCUGUCUCUCUCUUCUCCUCUCCACGAAUUGGAUUCUCAGAAAUCCCCGAAAUCCGGAUCCGAAUCCGAUUCCAGGAUCCGAGAAUCAAAGAACAACAAAUCACUGAGAGUCUACAACGACGACGAGCCUUUGAUCUCCUCUCCAAUCUCGCCAGCAGGUUUCAACACCAUACCGGAAUUAGACGAAAACGACUACGACGACGAGGAAGAAGAUAACGAUAACGGCGAUUUCAAAGGGUUCUUCGUUAACACUCCGUCACCGUUAACGGCGAAGAGACAUUUACCCGAUUCCGUUUCGGGACACGUGGACGUCAAGCUGUCGUCGGAUGCGGCAAUUGUGGCGGUUGGAAGGGGAAACGAGACAUACUCCGUGCUGAUGAAAAUCAAAUCGCCGCCGUUACCGGCGACGCGUAGAUCUCCGGUGGAUCUAGUGACGGUUCUAGACGUCAGCGGAAGCAAGAUUGAAAUGGUGAAGCGAGCAAUGAGGCUGGUGAUUUCGUCGCUGCGAGAGACGGAUCGUUUGUCGAUGGUCUCGUUCUCGUCGAGCUCGAAGCGAUUAACACCGUUACGGAGAAUGACGGCGAACGGGAGGAGAUUAGCUCGUCGGAUCGUCGACGAAAUCUCCGGUGACGGCGAUGGAAUGAGCGUGAACGACGCGGUUAAGAAAGCUGCUAAAGUGAUCGAAGAUCGCCGGCAGAAAAAUCCGUUCACCACCAUUUUCGUGUUAACGGACCGUAACAGAAACUUGUCGACCCAUCAAGCCCAAUUGGCCCACUCCGAUUUCGUAUCGUCCACGCGCUUCUCUCACUCGGAGAUUCCGACGCACACAAUUUGGCUCGGCGCGUGUAACCACGAGGAGGACGCGCUUGGCAAACGCAUCAAGUGUUUGUUGAGUUUAUCCGUUCAGGAUCUUACUUUACAACUCGGAUUGGUUUCCGGAUUGGGUCAAGGAGAGAUUACGUCGGUUUAUUCACUAUCAGGUCGACCGGUUUGGCUUGGAACUGGUUUGAUUCGGUUAGGUGACAUGUACGGGGACGAAGAAAGAGAAGUGUUGGUGGAACUCAAGUCACCUGUAUCUUCUUCAUCAGGUAGAUCCCACAGAAUGUUGACCGUCCGAUCUCGCCACGUGGAUCCUACAACUCAGGAGAUAAGAAACUCGGAAGAACGAGCGCUUCUGAUACCACGUCCUGUCGCCGUUAGAUCAUCUAACACGAACAUCGCAAGGCUCAGAAACCUCCACGUCAGUACACGAGCAGUGGCAGAGUCUCGGCGGCUGAUCGAAGCCAAUGAUUACUCGGGAGCUGAGCGAAUGCUGACGUCAGCUCGAGCUUUGUUGGUGCAGUACGGCUUGAGUUCAAGUGAAUCGUGCUUACGUGGUUUGGACGCUGAGCUGGCAGAUUUGAACCGUUUCAGAGGUAGACACGUGGCGGUGAAGAGUCCAGAAGUAGUGGCUCAGAAAUCUGAGGCGCUUACACCGACUUCAGCGUGGAGAGCGGCUGAGAGAUUGGCUAAAGUGGCGAUCAUGAGGAAGCAUAUGAAUAGAGUCAGCGACCUCCAUGGAUUCGAAAAUGCUAGAUUCUAG